UUUGAACACAUUGCGAUGCGUUAGUAUGAGAAGCAAAUAGCAAACGAAACCUUAAACCAUCCCGGCCACUAGUGGGCGCUGCAGUUCCUGUUCCGGGUGUUUCCGCGCUUUGCCAUAUUAGAGCAGCUUCUUCUCCUAGCCGCCUCGUAGUACGCCGUGCCGGGGGAUGGUACUGUCCCUGAUUUAAUUUAACGUUACGAAGAAACAAAAAGGAAAGCUGCGUGUGUGAGUUGUGUGGAGGCCGCGUUAACGGCGGGACAGCGCUGCCGGCGACAUGACGACGCGUUCGGAGCGGGAGAAGGCUCAGAAACUCAACGAGCAGCACCAGGCCAUCCUGUCCAAAAUGCUGAGGGAAGAAGACAACAAGUACUGCGCCGACUGCGAGGCCAAAGGGCCCCGGUGGGCGUCAUGGAACCUGGGCGUGUUCAUCUGCAUCCGCUGUGCUGGAAUCCACCGGAACCUGGGUGUCCACAUAUCCCGAGUCAAGUCUGUCAACCUGGACCAGUGGACGCCAGAGCAGAUCCAGAGCAUACAGGACAUGGGUAACACCAAGGCCCGGCUGCUGUAUGAGGGCCACCGCCCAGAGAACUUCAGACGCCCCCAGACCGACCAAGCCGUCGAGUUCUUCAUCAGGGACAAGUACGAGAGGAAGAAAUACUAUGACAAAAAUGCCCUUAAUUCCAGCACGAAAUCCUCGGAUGUACGACCCACCUCGUCCCCCUCCUCACAAGCAGCAGACAAGAGCAAGCUGGAGAGGGAGCAUGCGAGGAAGAAGGAGGAGAAGCGGCCGAGGGAUGCGGAUAAAGGCAGCAAAUCUGUGUCCUUGGAGAAGCCCCAGAGGAGGGAAGAGGACCAGCAGGAGUCCCGCCUGAGCCCCAUGAAGGGCGGUGAGCCAGUGGUGGACCUGCUGGGCCUGGAUGCCCCAGCGGUGAGUUCCAGCAAGGGAGGGGGAGUCUCAGCCAGCGAAGACCUGGACAUCUUUGGGCCCAUGGUGUCGAACCCGCUGCCUCCUUCCAACACGCAGCACUCUCAGGCCAGCUCUAACGCUGCUGCAGCGAUGGUUGCCACGGGGACAGGGAGCUCUGGCCCUGCCCAAUCAGGUGACCUAGACCUGUUCAGCGAGGCCAGCGGACGGACGGACGACUCAACUAAGAAGCCUCUCUCCAAGGACUCCAUUCUGUCCCUGUAUGGCAGCAGUGGUAUGGCCCAGCAGCCUGCCCCUGCGGCCAUGUUCGUGGGCCCCACCCAGAUGCAGUUUCCCAGCCAGCCUCCCGCCGGCUUCCAGGGCUUCCCAGCGAUGGGCGCGAUGCCCCCCACCACCAUGAUGGGCCAGAACGCGGGCAUCAUGGUCGGCAUGACGAUGUCCAACGGAUUCAUGGGCGCUGGGCAGACUGGCGUGAUGGGUCUGGCUCCUGGCAUGAUCGCGCCUCAGGGGGUCCCGGUUCCACCCGGCAUGGUGCCCCCCCAGAGCAUGUACGCCAUGCAGCCUGGCCAGCAGCCUCAGUGGACGAUCGGCCAGGUAAACCAGCAGAUGUCGGGCAUGACCCUAAACGGUCCUGGGGGAGCAUACUGA